AUGCCUUCUGCUCUUAGGAACAUUGAGGAUUCACAGAAGUUUCGCUUUGUCCUUCAGUCCAACAGAAAUUCAGUCCUGAAUAGUGUUCCUACUUCACUAGUCACCUAUCGAAAGAGCAAAGUCUUUUCUUCUCCAAUUCCACUGCCAGGCAUGAAGAGCAAAACCAGCAAUUCAUUCUCACCAGAAUGGACUUUCAACAGAACCUUGUCUAACCUCAUCAGGAAAAACAUUUUGAGGUUCCUAGAUGCUGAGAGGGACAUCUCAAUUCUUAAGAGCACCUUUAAACCCGGGGAUGUAAUUCAUUAUAUAUUUGACCGCCAAAGCACCACAAACAUCUCUGAGAACCUGUACCACCUUUUGCCGACGGUGUCUCCAAUGAAGAACCAGCAUUACAAACAAUGUGCCAUCGUAGGGAACUCUGGGAUAUUACUGAAUAGCAGCUGCGGCAGAGAGAUUGAUUCACAUGACUUUGUCAUUAGGUGUAACCUGGCUCCAGUGGAGGAGUAUGCAGCUGAUGUGGGCCUGCGCACGAGUCUGGUGACCAUGAACCCUUCUGUGGUGCAGCGUGCUUUUCAGGACCUGAACAGUGAGGAGUGGGUGCAGCGCUUUGUCCACAGGCUGCAGAGCCUCAGUGGGAGUGUGCUGUGGAUCCCUGCCUUCAUGGCUAAAGGAGGAGAGGAGCGAGUGGAGUGGGCCAUCCGCCUAAUUCUUCUGCAUACUGUGAACGUCCGCACCGCCUUCCCCUCCCUGCGUCUGCUCCAUGCUGUCAGAGGGUACUGGCUGACCAAUCAUGUCCAGAUCAAAAGACCCACCACCGGACUCCUGAUGUACACCAUGGCUACGCGCUUUUGUGACCAGAUCCACUUGUAUGGCUUCUGGCCUUUCGCUCAUGAUCCUGAUGGCAAAUCGGUCAAGUACCACUACUACGACAAGCUAACUUACCACUACACAUCUGGUGCCAGUCCGCACACAAUGCCUUUGGAAUUUCGAACUUUAAGUGCUCUUCACAGACAGGGGGCGCUGCGGCUGCACACGGGACCAUGUCAACUUCCAACAUGAGCUUUUGCAGCCUCAUUCCAAAUGGUUUCAUACACUGGACCUUAUACAUGCAGAGAGAAAGAAAUGCUGUGAAAAAUAUGGAUUACCUGAAUAUUUCCGGUAAAUCUCUGACCAAAUGUGAGACUGCAAUAUAUGAACGGUGGGGGAUUUUUUUCCUUUUAGAUUUCUUUC